AUCAUUUCAAAGUACAAACAUGGACAACAAAAAUCGUAUUUCUUUGUCUUUCCUCCACCAAAUCCGCGUUGACUUUUUUCUGUUGACUAUAUCAUGUUCUUCUCCAGGCUAUGUUUCUGCUUGCAGAAGAAGCAUGGCACAGGCUCUGAAGAUGGUGGAGAUGAUGAUGAAGACACGGUGGAUCCUGGUGACUCUGGUAAUUUGUUGUUUGAGUUGAAUACUCUUCAGCUUGCUACUAAUUUCUUCUCUGAGCUUAAUCAACUUGGUCGUGGUGGCUUUGGUCCUGUUUUUAAGGGUUUGAUGCCAAAUGGUGAAGAAGUAGCUAUCAAAAAGCUGUCAAUGGAAUCUAGACAAGGAAUUAGAGAAUUUACCAACGAAGUUAGGCUAUUGCUAAGAAUUCAGCACAAGAAUUUAGUCACUUUACUAGGUUGUUGUGCAGAAGGACCCGAGAAAAUGCUUGUCUACGAGUAUCUACCAAACAAAAGCCUUGACCACUUUCUAUUUGAUAAAAAAAGGUCUUUGGAUUGGAUGACACGGUUUCGAAUAGUUACCGGUAUUGCAAGAGGACUUCUCUACCUGCAUGAAGAGGCCCCGGAAAGAAUUAUUCACAGAGACAUUAAGGCUAGUAACAUAUUGCUUGAUGAGAAAUUAAAUCCAAAAAUUUCAGACUUUGGUUUGGCAAGGCUGUUUCCUGGAGAGGACACUCACGUGCAAACGUUUAGGAUUUCCGGUACACAUGGUUACAUGGCUCCUGAAUAUGCAUUGCGUGGAUAUCUUUCUGUAAAGACUGAUGUUUUCAGUUAUGGAGUCUUGGUGUUGGAAAUAGUUAGCGGGAGAAAAAACCAUGAUCUGAAGCUUGAUGCAGAAAAGGCAGAUCUUCUAAGCUAUGCAUGGAAACUUUAUCAAGGAGGGAAGAUUAUGGAUUUAAUAGACCAAAACAUUGGUAAAUACAAUGGCGAUGAGGCUGCAAUGUGCAUUCAACUAGGUUUAUUAUGCUGUCAAGCAAGUUUAGUAGAAAGACCUGACAUGAAUUCAGUUAAUCUUAUGCUAUCAAGUGAUUCCUUCACUUUGCCAAGACCAAGUAGACCAGGAGUUCAAGGUCGUGUCGGAAAAUGGAAUACAACCACAACUUCUGCUUUGUCCAAUACUAAUGGUAGUACUGCAACAAGAGCUUCAGGUGGUAGUAGUUUUGUAGAAGAUUAUUCUAGAAAUUCUAUCUCUACUUCUUCUUUUGAUGAAGGUAGAUAAAUUUAUUACUACAUUCAGAGUGUAAUCAGCUCUUCAUAUUUAUUUAAAGGUAUAUUCUUUUUGUAAAAUUAUAUUUUCUUCUAGUACGACAUAAAUAAAUAGUUUGAUCUAUAACAAGCUUGUGGAUAGAUAAAUAUAUUCUUUUCAUAGUUAUUAAACA